AUGACAGCGGCAUCUAUUCUAACCAAUGCUCAGUUGCUCAACACAUUUCUUCGCAGUUCGCACGAAGUUACCGAGAAAGCAUCCAAAGGGAAUCUGCACCAAACCUUUGUUCCUUGGAUCUCAGUGCAGAUAUCAUCCUCUUCGAACCUGCGCUGCAGUCCGCAGGGUAGAGCUUCAGAGCACGAGACCAGAGCGAGCGCCCGGAGAGCUGCCACCAUUGCGGUCCUCGUUGCCGCAUCAUCAAAAGCUUGUGUUGCUGUUCUUCGUAGCACGUCCGACUUCUUGGGUCCCUUCCCGCCUCCGUCCUCCGCCUUGGAUGUUGGAAGGGCCUCAUACUCCGUUCGUCCGAGGGAUUUGGCCUCGCGUCAGAGGAUGGCUGAAGCAGCUCUCCUUGCUCUCUCAAAGAUCGGUUUCUAUUUAGCAAGAGAAGCUGCAACUUUUGUGGCGACCAAGUUUUCUAAUUUGACAGAGCUACCGAACAUAGUGCAGCGUGUGCGAAGGCAACUUUUGAUGAUGAAUCUCUUCAUACGGAAGACAGGUGCACUGUAUCUCAGUGAUGAACUCCUGAAGGGAUGGAUCUCAGAGGUACGAAUGUUGGCCUACCGUGUUGAGGAUGUAAUGGAUAACUUUUCAUACCACUAUCUUCGAUACAAGAAUGACCAAUUCCUGAAAAGACUGAGCAAAGGAAUAAACUAUACUGCGAUAUUUAGUGGAAUAUCUGAUGAGCUAAUUCAGAUUGAGAAGGAAAUUGUACAUGUUUCCAUGCUGAAGGAUCAAUGGUUGAGACCAGUUCACGAGCUUCUUCCAACUCAAAUCCACAACAGCGAACUACAAUUCCCUCAGUACAGUGUGCCCCAAUUUAUGAAAGACGAAGAUCUUGUGGGGAUUGAGAAAAACAGCGAGCAGCUAACGGAAUGGUUGAGGUCAGAUACACAAGAUCUUAAGGUGGUAUCAGUUUGUGGUAUGGGUGGAAUAGGAAAGACCACCCUGAUCGCAAAUGUAUACGAGAAGCAAAGGGAUAACUUUAAGGUGCUUUUGUGGCUUACUAUUUCACAGACAUACAAGAGCGUGGAGGCAUUGCUGAGGAAGUUACUUGAGAUGACAAGAGCUGACAGUGACAGCAUGGAAAUGGGGAAGAGGAAAUCAGAAGGCAUUGACAGCAUGGACAUCCUCAAGGUUAAAACAGAGUUAAGGGCAGUGUUUGGAGCAAAGAAGUAUUUAGUUGUAUUAGAUGACAUAUGGAACCCCCAAGUGUCUGAAUCAAUGCGAGAUGUGUUUGAAGAUUCUAAAAAUGGAAGUUGCAUUGUUAUCACAACAAGGAAAGAGGAUGUGGCUGCUCUUGCUUCCAAGCAUUAUCAGCUCAAGCUUAGUCCAUUAGGUCUGAAGGAUGCUCUUUGCCUACUCUGCACUAAAGCUUUUCCUUACAAUGACUCCGAGUCUGAGGACCCAUCAAAGGUAAUGGAGUUAGCUACUGAUACUGCAAAUAAAUGUAACGGAUCAUCUCUGGUGAAUUGUCCAGCAGAGCUUCAUGAACUAGCUACUGGUGUUGCUAAGAAAUUUGAGGCCCUAUUGCUGGAGCAGUGCCUAGCUGAACUUCAGGAGCUAGCUACUGAUGCUAUAAGGAAAUGUGAGGGCUUGUCAAUGGCAAAAAGCUCAUCAGAACUCCUGGAGCUAGCUAAUGAUAUUGCAAAGAAAAGUGUGGUCCUGCCAGUUGCCAAGUGCCCAUUAGAGAUGCAGGUGCUAGCUGUUAAUAUUGCAAAGAAAUGUGGGGGCUUGCCUUUGGCAAUUGUAUCUAUAGGAAGCUUACUUUCUACAAGGAAGCUAAUUCUGCCAGUUUGGAAGCAGAUAUAUGAUCAACUUCCCUCUGAACUAGAGAAGUAUGCACAGGUUCGUGGAAUUCUAAGCCUGAGCUACUAUGACUUGCCAGGAGAGCUUAGAAAUUGCUUUCUGUACUGCAGCAUGUUCCCUGAAGAUUAUCCCUUGCCAAGGGAUAAGCUUGUGCGACUAUGGAUUGCAGAAGGGUUUGUAGUAAAGAAAGGGAACAGUACACUAGAGGAAGUUGCAGAGGGCUAUCUCAUGGAACUGAUCCAUCGAAACAUGUUGCAAGUUGUUGAUAAUGAUGAACUUGGUGGGGUGAGUACAUUCAGAAUGCAUGAUAUCUUGAGAGAGUUAGCCCUUACAAUCUCUAAAGUAGAGAUGUUUGGUAUUGUUAAUGAUUUUGGUGCAGUAAUUCAAAUGGAUAGAGAUGUACGUCGCUUGUCUGCAUUUAAAUGGAGGAAGAUGAAAAACGAUGCAUCCAAGAUGAAAUUUCCACGCCUGCGGACGCUAAUGGCAAGUGAAACCAUUGUGAUGUCUAUACCUUCAAUAUUAUCUGAAUCCAAAUACCUUACUGUCCUUGAAUUGCAAGACUCAGAAGUCACCACAUUACCUGCAUCAAUUGGUCAUCUGUUUAAUCUACGUUACAUUGGUCUGAGAAAUACAGGAAUAAGCGUACUGCCAGAAUCUAUAGAGAAUCUCAUCAAUCUUCAGACUCUUGAUGUCAAGUCAACCAAUAUUAGAAAUCUGCCACAUGGGAUUGUGAAGCUCACUAAGCUUAGGCACAUUCUUGCUGACAGAUAUGCUGAUGUGAAGCAGUCAGAGUUCCGGUACUUUGUUGGAGUGGAGGCACCUAUAGGGCUUUCCAAUCUGGAAGAACUUCAAACUCUUGAGACUGUGCAAUCAAGUAUUUACUUGGCCGAGCAGCUUGAGAAUAUGAUGCAGCUAAGGAGCGUGUGGAUUGAAAACAUAACUACUGCCCAUUGUAGCAAGAUUUGUAAGGUUUUGUCAAUGAUGCCUCUUCUUGAUAGCUUGCUUCUCUCUGCUAGUAAUGUGAAUGAGCCACUUUCUUUUGAGGAUCUCAAACCAACUUCCACAAAGCUCCACAGGUUGAUUGUCAGAGGUUGUUGGGCUGGCAGAACACUGAAGUGCCCAAUGUUUGAGCACCAUGGGGGAAAUCUUAAGUAUCUAGCUCUUAGUGGUUGUCACCUUGGGGGAGAAGAUCCAUUGGUGUUCCUCGCAUCACAUGCCCCACACCUGUCCUAUCUAAGACUCAACAACAUAAACAGUAAACACGAAUUAGUUGUUCCUGCUGACUCCUUCACUCACCUUAAGACACUUGUUUUGAUGGGUUUGCAUGAUGUGAGUUUUCUGGACAUUGGACAUGGUUCACUUCCAGUCAUUGAGGGUAUAUACAUUACAUCGCUACCAAAGCUAGCUACAGUCCCUCAAGGAUUUGAAAACUGUCACUGUCUUAAGAAGCUUUGGUUGCUUGGUCUCCACGAGGAUUUCAAAGCUCAAUGGAACAAUAAGGGCAUAAAACAAAAGAUGCAGCAUGUUCCAGAGAUCCGCAUCUAG